AUGGACACGCGAAGAGCAGGCUUGCUGCUUAUUUUACUAUGUGGAUCCAGCUUGGUGGUUUGGAAUCUUCGAACUAUCGACUCAUCGGUUGGCCAGGACCAUUUCGGCCAGUUGGCUUCCAGGUCCAAAGAUGGCUUCGACAAGUUGGCACCAGGGCAGUCAAUGGCCUAUGAAAGCAUGAGCUCGGCCAUGAAAAAAAUGCUGGAACCUCUCACCGAUGUGGUGGUGCUCCGGACUUGGGCGGCACCAAACUGGCUUCACGUAGUCUCAGGGUCAGGCAAAGACCGUGCCACGCGAGAGCUACGCACACGAAAGCUUCGAGAGUGUCCUUUGACAUUGCUAAUGCAAUGGGUUCUUGACGAAGGAUGUGUUGAGCACCACUCCAUGGUCAUUGAUAUUGGCAUGAACCUCGGUUGGUUCACAGCUUUGGCUGCAGCCAAUGGUCUUCAGGUUGUGGCUUUUGAGCCUAGCCCUGCCAGAAUACAGUACAUGGCCAAGACGUUGGAACUGAAUGGCUGGACCUCAGUGCAACUCCGCCAAGGGGCUUUGGCCAAUGAAGUUGGACAACUCUUUGUUGACGAAGCGCGGUGGUGGGAGAAGAGGCGGGAUGUUUGGAGCCGGGAUGGAGGAUGA